AUGGCUCUCCCUAAGCCCUUCCUCGCCCUCCUCAUUUGCCUCUUUGCUUCCCUCCCCCUCUCCUGCCUCCACGUCGACGGCUCCGACGAGCUCAAAGCCUUCAUCGUUCACGUCAAACGCCCGGAGAACCUGAGCUUCUCCGUCGCCGAACAAUGGACGGGUUGGUACUCCUCUCUCUUGAGCCUUGCGUCUCUUGAAGCGAACGACACCGACUUCGCACGGUCGCGCGUUAUCUACUCCUACCGCCAUGUCGUCACCGGCUUCUCUGCCUUGCUCACUGAGAGGGAGGUGGAGGCCAUGUCGAAGUUGGACUGGUUCCUGCACGCCUACCCCAGCCCCGUUUACCACCUCAUGACCACCCACUCGCCAAAGUUUCUGGGGCUGAGGCAGAGGAUCGGCAACGGCGUUUGGAACGCGACCAAUAUGGGCCAAGGGGUCAUCGUCGGCAUCUUAGACACUGGCGUCACACCAGGGCAUCCAUCCUUCGAUGACUAUGGCUUGCCGCCGCCGCCGGCCAAGUGGAAGGGGAGAUGCGACUUGAACGCGUCUGCGUGCAACAAUAAGCUCAUCGGUGCAAGGUCCUUCAUCAACUACGACGCCGUCAGGCGUCGGCCCACCGACACGCCGAUCGACGACGAGGGGCAUGGCACUCACACCGCGAGCACUGCCGCCGGGGCCUUGGUAAAGCAUGCCGACGUAGACGGGAAUGCCAGGGGCGUGGCGGCCGGGGUGGCGCCGCGCGCCCACAUCGCCAUUUACAAGGUGUGCUCUGAGAUAGGAUGCGCGGGUUACGACAUCUUGGCUGCCAUGGAUGCCGCGGUGGCCGAUGGGGUGGAUGUGCUCUCCCUCUCGCUCGGCGGUGGAUCUAUUCCUUUCCACUCUGACCCGGUCGCGCUGGGCGGCUUCGAAGCCAUCAACAAAGGAAUCUUCGUCAGCUGCUCGGCCGGCAAUUCGGGACCGGAUCCUUACACCGUGACCAAUGUCGCGCCGUGGCUGCUCACGGUAGGCGCAAGCACCAUGGACCGAUCCUUCUUGGGCACUGUCAAGCUCGGCGACGGACAGGAAUGGGAGGGCGCGUCACUGAACCCGCCGCGUAACUUCGACUCCAAAAUGCUGCCUCUCGUGUACGUCGCCGGUGAUGCGGCCGCCUCCCACUGCCUCAACGACUCCUUGAAUGGUGUGGACGUCCGCGGAAAGAUAGUGCUGUGCGACCGCGGCGACAAUUCGAGGCUCGAGAAGGCUCAAGUCGUCAAAAGCGCCGGCGGCGCCGGCAUAAUCCUUGUCAACACUCCCGAGGACGCCUACAGCACCAUCGCCGAUCCACUAGUGCUUCCGGCUUCGAACGUCCCCUACGUUGUCGGACUCAAGAUCAAGGCCUACAUCAACUCCGCCUCUGCCCCCGCGGCGUCGUUGGUAUUCAACGGCACCGUCAUGCACACACCCCACUCGCCGUCGAUGGCCUCGUUCUCUUCCCGCGGGCCCAGCCAAAUCACGCCGGGGAUCCUGAAGCCUGACAUCACGGGGCCGGGCGUGAACAUCCUCGCCGCGUGGACCAUCCAGAAGUUCAACAUGAACUCCGGCACCUCCAUGUCCUGCCCUCACCUCUCCGGCAUCGCCGCCCUGAUCAAGAAAGCGCACCCCGAUUGGUCGCCGGCCGCGAUCAAAUCCGCCAUCAUGACGACGGCGUACGUGACGGACAACAGCCGAGGGCCGAUCCUCGACGAGAGACACCUCCCGGCCGACUUCUUCGCGAUAGGAGCGGGACACGUGAACCCUCGGAAGGCCAUCGACCCCGGUCUCGUCUACGACCUCACACCCCAAGACUAUAUCCCUUAUCUCUGCGGCCUCUACGAAAGCUCUCUUGUCGAAGUUAUUGUUGGCCGACCGGUCGAUUGCUCGUCUCCAAACAGCAUCAGCGAAGGAGAACUGAACUAUCCUUCCAUAUCGGUCACUCUGCCGGCGAACAAUCUGACGUCGGUCCGCUACAGACGGACAGUGACCAACGUCGGCAAGCCCACGUCGACGUACCGGGUGAAGCUUGACUUGCCGAAAGAGGUGUCGGUCAGGGUGACGCCAACAAAGCUCUCGUUCAACGAGGUGAACCAGAAGCGACGCUUCAGCAUCAGCUUCAGGAGGAACGGAGGUGGAUCAGGUGCAGUGCAAGGGCAACUGCUGUGGGUGUCAGGGAAGCACGUCGUCAGGAGCCCGAUCUCCAUCAGGUUGGAGUAA